AUGGCCGGAGUAAAAGCAAACCAACUGAAAGGACACCAAGUUAAGGUUACUGGUAAUUCACUCAAAGUAACAGGAGAUGGGUUGAAAGUUCAUGGUAACUCUGUGAAAGUUUCAGGUAACGCAAUGAAAGGAAACCAACUGAAGGUUUCGGGUAACGCAAUGAGAGCUACUGGGGAUUUAAUGAAGGUUACUGGUAAUUCCUUGAAGGUGAGUGGUGGCGGAAUGAAGGUUACCGGUAGUGGAAUGAAGGUUUCUGGUCAACAACAGAUUAACUCUGUGGAUGUUCCAGGAGGUUCGGUGGAAGUUCAUGGUAAUCAGCUGAACGUCACUGGUGAUGGAAUGACGGUCACUGGUGACUCGAUGCAAGUUAGUGGUGACUUCCAAAGGAAAGGAAUCUAUUGUAUAGUGAUAUUGUAUAGUGAUAUUUGUAUUGUAUAG